AUGUCGUUCGGUAAACUAAAGCAUCCGAUCCCUACGCAAGCGGAGAUUCAGCAAGUGGAGAGGGUGAGGAGCAAGAUCCCUACAGAGAAGAGGGUUAAAGCCUUACUGAUCCCUGUCUGUGCAGUCACGGAAGAGAGGAGAGCUGCCGAGGCGAAGAGGAUGAAUGAGUCCCCCAAGCGGCGUCUCAUGAUGGGCUUCCAGGGGAAGAAAAAGAAGAGCCAGCAGCAGGACGCGGUACCGGCGUCCUCGAUAGAAGCCGACCUCGAGGACCAAACCCUGGCUGACCGUCUCCGCCGAAGUGUUCCUACCGAAGGGACCUCCUCCCGAGCAGCCGGCAAGCGGCCGUUCACCGUCGACCUGGAUGCCGAACCUGUCCCAAAGCGUGGGCGGCAGACUGAGCUUCCCUGGGCCGUCUUUGUUGUUGACAACGACGAUGAGCUUGCUGACCCCGUCACGUUGGCCUGUCCGUCGAAGACGGUCCAGUUUGCGCACCACAUGAUCCUUGGUUCGCAAAUGGAGCUGUCCGAGAUCGAAGACCUGCCGAAGAAGCUCCUUCGGGAGGAGGCUGGUCGCGCUUUCUGCCUCCAAGCUUCGGCUUCGAUGGACAUGUGGCUGUGCGUUAAGCAGGCCAUCAAUGCCGCCGAGAAAGCGAAGAAGGCCUACGAGGACAGUAGGGCCAGGGUUGUCGAGGCUGGCAAGGCUAUCCAGGAUCAUGCGAACUUGGCGAAGGAUUUCCCUGGAGUCGGUGCAGCUAUCGGCAAAGAAGGCUCUGGAGGCGAAGGUGGCUUUGGCGGAGUCGGAGCGGGCCAGGGCUUCGGAGAUCGAGGCUGCUGUCUAGGAGGCUAUUCGAAAGUACCGUAA